GCAUUCGCGCGCGCUCAGAGCAAAGGAACUCGCCGAUUGAUCAAUGCUCUCCCGCUAGAGUGAACUCCCGACGUUUUUUGUGCACGCUCGCAUUCGAGCCAGACCGUCAACGACCGAUUCGUUGAGUAAUUCGAUUUCACAACGGCAGGAAUGGUGCUUUCACGAGCCGCAAUACAGACAACAUCCGCAGCCGGCGUCGACAUCCUCGUCGUCGCCGCCAUCGUCACUGAGUCGGGAGAAAAAUUUUGGGGACGCCGAGGAAGAAAGAAAGCAAGCAGUAGCAGUAGCAGCAGCAGUGCGGUCUCUCUCUCUCUCUCUCUCUCUCACUCCGGUUUUUAACGAUCUAUAAAAGAGGCGCUCGAGCUGAGGCGAUUGUUCAGUUUCAAGGUGCCCGGGAGCAGGCUAACAAGAAAAGUAACCGAGUGCAGGAGAGAAGAGACGAGAGAGAGAGAGAGAGAGAGAGAGAGAGAGAGAGAGAGAGAGAGAGAGAGAGAAAGCGAAGGAGAGAUACCGGAAAGUAAUCGGAUGAAAUGGCCGUUAAAGUGAGUGGCUCCGUGCAGUGAAAGAAAUGAGCGUGCAAAACACACUUUUAUGAACGAUGGUGAAAAUAGAUAAACGCCCGAUGCGCUCGCUUACCACCGGGAUAGUAAUUGGCCUUUUUAUCUUGACGUCCGAUACUUAAUCGAUUCUCUCUCGGCCAAGGCUUUCCUCCGUAUUUUAUAUCCUUUCCCGAGCUACAGGCUCACUAUAUUUCAAAUGCCUCACUUUCGCGCCAAUCUGUUGUUUAGCGGGAAGCGGGAUAGAUAGGACGAGAUGCACGCUCGCGCAACGUGAACAACGGGGAAAAUCUGUCGAGGGGAAAAUAAAAUCUAACUCAAUCUCCGUUCACAGGUAAUUCUGUUGCUGGGCCUUCAGGCGGCUCUAGUGGUGGUGGCGACAGCCAAGGCCGAGGGUCAUGCUCACUCGUUCCAGCAUUUUCAUGGUCCGGUGCACGGAGACGACAAAGAGGUGAUGUGGGUGGACAAACACGGCAAGCAGCACCAGGACUACGCUGCACCGGCCCACUAUGAGUUCGCCUACGGUGUCGAAGACCACCACACCGGCGACUAUCACGGUCAAAAGGAACACCGGGACGGCAAGGCCGUGGCGGGAGAGUACACGGUUAAGGAGCCCGAUGGCAACAUCAGAACCGUCAAAUAUCACGCUGACGAGGACGGCUUCCAUGCAACCGUGCACAACAGUCACGGCGGUGCUGCUGCUGCCAACGCCGGCUACGACGACGAGCGCUGAACGCCAGCUCUAUAGGGGUUCUCUUAGUCCCCUUGUAUCCUUGUAUCACAGCCAAAGAUAAAUCAAUAUCAGUUCAAUAACACCAAUCUACACACACACAAAUUUCGCGUACACAUAACAGGCUGUACACAUUGAUAGGAAAAUUGUAAAGUGACGGUUUCCUAUUCAAAUGCAUGAUGAAAUAAACCCUUGAAUGCAAAACGUUUAUUCAGAUAUGUGUGUACGAAUCUCAAUCGUAAUAUAUUAUAGUAAUAGCGUCCAUGUUCAUUUAUAAAAUGAGAUCAAUAGAUUCAAAUUUAGUUCAUGUUUUUAUUAUAUUAGAGUUACGUACAUGAUGCUGUUCAUAGUAUAGUUUAGGGGAUUUUUGGAUAUGGUUAACAUAUAAGAUUGUUAUAACAUUGGGUAUACAUUUUUAUUAAUAAGUUUUAUAAAACGAGUUACUUUUAAGCUAAUGUGAUUCAUCAUAUAUGUGUAAAUAAUUUUAAUAAUAAACAAACUUUCUUAUUUACUAGUAAUAUAACUAUAAAUAAA